GACUGCUUCCGCGUCGGGUGCUUGGCCUGAAAGUGGGUUUUGGAUAGAGUCGCUAAAGAAAGCUUCAUCACCUUCUUCUUCGACGACGUUGUUCUUGUCGCCUGUUGGAUUGGAAGGCAAAACGGAGAAUUUUACUCAAAUCCGGCGUACAAACAGGCCCUGAGAUCGUUCGCCUAGUGAGAUCCCAAAUCCGCAACUUUUUUGACCCUGAGAUCGUUCGCCGGAACGAAAAUUCUAACAUCCGCAAAAAUUCAUCCCCGAAAUCGAUCGCCGCAGCGAGAAAAAAAAACGACUUGCCGGCGAUGUUAAUGUCGGGAAAUGCGAAUGUUCUGGCCGUGACAACGGCGAUCCUGGCUUUGUACUUGUGUUCGAUCUCAGCUGAGGCCCGGGACGAGAAUCCCGUGUUUCAGCCCUGUGCGGACGCGAAGAUCCAGCGGCGGGACGGGUUCACAUUCGGCAUCGCGUUCUCAGAUCGCGAUUCUUUCUUCUUCAAUAGUACUCAGCUCUCCCCUUGCGAUAGCCGCCUCCCUCUCGCCAACAAGGGUGCGCAACUGGCUGUGUUUCGUCCCAAGGUCGAUGAAAUCUCCCUUCUUACCAUCAAUACCACCACAAACUUUGGUCCGUUUACUAGUGGUGGGUUGAUGGUAGCAUUUGCAGGGAGGAAGUAUGCAGCAAGGUCCCUUCCCAUUUUUGUUGGUAACAGUUCAUAUGUGGUGACAAGCUUUACUCUGGUCCUGGAAUUCCAAAAGGGAACUCUUCAGAACUUAUAUUGGAAACAUGAUGAUUGUUCUUCAUGCUCGGGAAAGUCCAAUUUUGUCUGUCUUAACAAUAAAGACUGUGCAAUCAAAACUUCUAACUGCCAAGGUUCAGGGCAAGCUUCAGGCUCUGUUGAUUGCAGCAUUGGAAUACAGCUUGCCUUCUCAGGCACCGACAAGCACUAUGCAGUUCUUAAUUCAUGGUACGAGGUUUCGAAUCUCCGGCAGUAUUCUCUUUAUGGACUUUACUCAAAUCUGAAGGAUUCUCUUACAAGUCAGUAUGACAAGAUCUUUUAGAGCUAUGAAUGUAUUUUUUAUGUUGUAAUAUAACUCCUAAUUUUAACUUCUCUCUUCUACAACCUGGAAUUUAUUUGUGCACACGUUACUCUUUAGAUGAGUGUGAUUUUGUUUACACAUGUUAUUCAGCUUUGACAAAUUUAGAGGACUUGUUCAUUGAUUAUCUGAA